AUGCGGUUCCUCGCCAUUGAGUGGGGUCGAUGCUGGCACUGGCCUCACUGCCUGUUGUUGCUCGUGGAGGGACCUGGCCAGGCCGUGGCCGCGGUAGGGUUCCCUGCCGGAACGUGUCUGCGUUCUGAGGUCGCCGUGGAGGCCGCCCCUGGGACAGGCUGGUGGCCGGUCAUGCCCCACCAGGCCGUGCUGUCCCAGGAGCAGAAGUGGGUGUGGCGCCACCGUGGGAAGAAGUGGUGGCAGCGUGUGGAGGGCGCUGAGGAGCUGGGCAAGGACAGGAGGAAGGCCCUGGAGGCCAGGAGGCAGAGGCAGCAGAGGAGGAGGGAGGAGCAGGGAACUGGGAACAGCCAGGUGCCCCAAAGCAAAUAUGCUGAGCUGCUGGCCAUCAUCGAGGAGCUGGGGAAAGAGAUCAGACCCACCUACGCGGGGAGUAAGAGCGCCAUGGAGAGACUAAAACGAGGCAUCAUUCAUGCCAGAGGACUGGUUCGAGAGUGCUUGGCUGAAACGGAGCGGAAUGCCAGAUCCUAGCUGCCUGUUUGCGUGGAAGGUUUUCCGUCUUCUUCCAAGAAGAGAAGUUAUAGCUCAACUCCCACGUUCAGAUGAAACUCUUGUUUUCAAAAUGGUAACAGUUCGGUUUCUCCUUCCCGUGUCCCUGCCAUGGUUCAUGAGGCUCUAAGAUUGAGAAAUAUUUUGCCGUUGAUUAGGAUUUACAUUUUAAAUAGUUAGGAAUUACCCAGGUUUUUUUUUUCUUUUUUUUUUUAAGCAUUGAUUUAGAAGAUGCACGGAAAAGAUACCUAUCUCACAGCAAAGAUACCAGUGUCUCCCUUUUGUCUUCCCUUUUGAAUACCGUUAUGUUACCCAGAUUGUUCUUCGUUCCUUUUCAUAAGCUAAUACAACAACUCCAGGGUUUUGUUUCUAGUGCAUACGUUUGCCACAUGGUGUGGAUUCUGCUUAAUGUAACUUCUUUUGUGCUUAAGCAUUUGCCUGCAUGACUAUUAGUGCUUUGAGGUCAAAUUUAAAAAUGCACAAGUUAUAAAUACAGAAGAAAGAGCAACCUACCAAACCUAACAAGAACCCCUGAAAAUAUUCCUACUAAGACUGUGUGUGGAUUUCAGUUCUGCCUUUCGUGUAAGUUGAUCCAAACAUCUGGAAGAAAAUGAUUAAAACUGUUUGCAUCUUUGUAUGUAUUUAUUACUUGAUGUAAUAAAGCUUAUUUUCAUUAACAA